UACGCCUCUGUUUAACUCUGACAUAACAUCAAUCUGCUCAAUCAUUUUUCGCAAAUAGCAUCCUGCAAAUCAGUCAAGUGACGACCAAAAUUUCAUUCGUGAUGGAUCAAACCGAUAUAAACGGCAACAUAAAAGUACCCAAAGCGACAAAUAGUACUUUAGAACUAACCGAUGAAGUUGCUUCCGAUUCUUACGAUAAAAGUACGAACACGUCUUUAACAUUCAAAAAUAAAAAAGAAGAUAUCGAUAGUGAUGGUUAUAAGGUACCAGAAGAACCUGAAACAAACCGAAGGAUAUGCAGUAGUACUAGCGAAACUGACAGAUUCGUCAAUAAUAGUGUCAUUGAUGAUAAAGGUGCUGUCGAAAGUUCUUUUGAAGAUCCUGUUCCUCCGGUUAAAAUGAAAAGAAAGAAACACACGUUGAAGAGAAGUAGUACCACUUUAUCAGAUACAAGAAUUAUGAAUAGAGGCAAAAUGUUCAGUUGGUUGGGCAAAGUACCCGAAGUACGGCCGGAAUGUUACGAAAACGUCGUGGACGGUUUGAAGGCUAUCUACAAAAAUAAGAUGUUACCUUUGGAACAACAUUAUCUGUUUCAUGAAUUCCAUUCGCCGCCUCUUAACGACGCCGAUUUCGAUGCUAAACCCAUGAUUCUAUUAGUAGGACAAUAUUCUACAGGGAAAACCACUUUUAUCAAAUAUUUGUUGGAGAGAGAUUUUCCUGGAAUGAGGAUCGGACCGGAACCUACCACGGAUAGGUUCAUAGCGGUUAUGUAUUCAGAAACAGAAGGAGUUAUACCCGGGAACGCUCUCGUAGUGGAUCCUAAGAAGCAAUUUAGACCUUUAUCAUCGUUCGGAAACGCAUUUCUAAAUAGAUUUCAGUGUUCUCUAGUGAAAUCGUCAGUAUUGAAAGGUGUGUCUAUAAUCGAUACACCCGGUAUAUUAUCUGGAGAAAAACAAAGAAUCGAUCGCGGCUACGAUUUCACUGGAGUUCUAGAAUGGUUCGCCGAACGAGUCGACAGAAUCAUCUUGCUCUUCGACGCCCACAAAUUGGACAUUUCCGACGAAUUUCGCAGAUCUAUAGAAGCCCUUCGAGGUCACGACGAUAAAAUACGUAUAGUAUUAAACAAAGCCGAUAUGAUAGAUCAACAACAAUUGAUGCGAGUCUACGGAGCUCUGAUGUGGUCGUUGGGAAAAGUUCUCCAAACUCCGGAAGUGGUUAGAGUGUAUAUAGGUUCGUUUUGGGACGAACCUUUGAGGUACGACGGCAACAGAAAACUAUUCGAAGCCGAAACUCAAGAUCUCUUCACCGAUCUACAAAGUUUACCGAAGAAUUCGGCGUUAAGAAAAUUGAACGAUCUAAUAAAACGUGCAAGGUUAGCCAAAGUGCACGCUUACAUAAUAUCCGAAAUCAAAAAGGAAAUGCCGUUAUUCGGCAAGGAACAUAAAAAGAAAGAUCUAAUCAAAAAUUUGACGCAAAUAUACGAGAAGAUACACAAAGAACAUCAAAUUUCGACAGGCGAUUUCCCCGAUAUGAACAAGAUGCAAGAACAUCUCUCAAAACAAGAUUUCAACAAGUUCCAUUCGUUGAAGCCGAAAUUAAUGGAUACAGUAAACGAUAUGUUAACUGUUAAUAUAUCGGAGCUGAUGUCGAUGAUACCCCACGAUUCUUCCCCGACGUCUCAAGGCGAAGUAACCGGAGGAGCUUUCGAAAACGUGGAGGAUAGGGUUACGCCAUUCGGUUACAAGAGCGGGGAAGGUUGUAACGCCGGUUACGGGGAACCCGAAUGGAUAGUUAACAAAGAAAGAGACAGCUACGAUAAAUUAUUCGAUACUUUGGGACCUGUAAAUGGAAAAUUAUCGGGAGCGACUGUUAAAGAUGAACUAGUCAAAUCGAAAUUACCUAACGCCAUUUUGGGAAAGAUAUGGAAACUUUCCGAUGUCGAUAAGGACGGGUAUUUGGAUAGAGAUGAAUUUGCUUUAGCCAUGCAUCUCAUUAACGUGAAAUUACAGGGUAAUGAAAUACCUUUUCAUUUACCCGAACAUCUAGUACCGCCCAAUAAGAAGAGUAACUACCAGAAUAGGCCUUUUAGUCAGUAAUUUUCGUCACUAAAUGUACGAAAUUAGCAGAAAUCUCUCCACCAGAAAAUCAUUAACAAAUGUCGAGUGUAUGGGGCCCAACGACACGGCAAAACCUUCUUAAUUGCGAGCACCUUCUUAGUUCCAGCAGAGCCGGCGCAACUAACGAAAAAUUAUCUUCAAAACGUUAUAUUGUAUCAAAAAAUGUUGUUUUAAAAAAAAUUAUCAUCGCCUCUUGAUAAUAAAUUGUUCUAAUUAUUAUUAUUUUUGAAACGAACAGUAACAAUUAUCAAACUUGGUUAUGUCGAAAUUUAUCGCUAGCCGGUCCUGUCGUGGAAAAAGCGAAAUACGAUUGUGGCAAGAAGAAGAGUAGGUAAAUGCGAGGGCCGUCGCUUGUUUAAGAGUUAUUUUUAAAAAUAAUUAGUUUCGGAAGCUCAAGCGGAUUCAGUUACAAGAACCUUCAAUCCUCUACAGUUCAAGAGUCACUACAAACGCUUGGCAUCAGUAGUGGCUAUCCAACCAACAACCGUGGAAAACAACAUUGAAAAUAAUUGAAGUUUUACAUGUUGAAAUUACAAUAAAUCUACAAAUUAUAGAUGUUGACGAAGAAAGGAUCGAAUAUCUAAACAGAAGCAACCUUAUUGAACGAUAACUGGAAGAAAAGUUAAAGUAAACCCAGGAGUUCGCCCAGAGGAAGACGGUCUGAGAAUAUAACUCAUAGAUCCGCAGUAAUUUCCACUAAAAUACCAGGACACACUUGCUGGGGUAUCAAAGUUAAAUGCUUCUUGGUAUAAACGCAGUAAUUGAUGAUUGCUUGGACUUGUAUAGAACCAACAGUUGAACAACUACCUCAUGAUGACACAAGUGUUUUCAUUGUCAUCAAUAGAUCAUCCAUACGAACUUGAAUUUUCUUCUUAAGGUAUAAUUAGGCAUGAAAGUCUAGCUGCGGCUUCUUUCAGAAAGGAAUUUGUGGAAGGAUGUUGAAUGUACGCAAAACUUUUUGUUGUAUUGUGUCAGAUGACUCGACUAACCACCUACGAAGUCGACAGGCACAAACAGCAGCCUGAUGAUAACUAAUCAGAGCAGAUGGAGAUGGAAACACCAGCUCAACAGCAGCAGGAGCUUCGGUGACAAGUUCGCUUCGUACAACCGUUAUCAAGUCGGGUUUUCGUGAACAGACACGCUUAUAUAAUAUUUUGUAUUUAAAAAUACCUUACUUUGGGAAAAACCAAAACCUUCUACCUGCUCUUUAUUGCUCACUUGGACUUAAACGAAGUGUCAUUUUGUCUUGAAACGAAGCGCUCAAAAAUCGAACGUCGAUAUCUUAAGGAAACUGCGCCGUUUACAGAAACUUGGCUUUAGUGAUGUAAUUUAAUCUUGAGAUGUAUAUUAUAGUAAUUUUGUUUAUUGCGCUACCUUUCCAAAAGGCCCUCGACACUAAGGCUAGCGUUCAUAGAAUAAUGUAGUACAGUACAGUUACGAAGACUGUAACUGGUCAUGAAGGAUCCGGUAGCUAUAGAAUUAUUUAUCAAUUCUGGAUUUUUUGACAUAUAGAACUGGAGAAAUUAGAGUUAGAUACACGUUUUCUCAAUUGAUGCAUGUCAAAAAUAAGCCGAAAAUACUUUUAAAUUGUGAAGAAAAUAUACAGGCCUUGUGUUGUUUUAGUAGGGACUCUUAUUAAGAAAAGAUGGAACACGUAGAAAGGAAUGAAGGAUAAUUCGUAACAUAGCUUGCCAAAACUCAAAAUCAAAAUAGCAGUUAAUAAAUUUUUUUUUCAUAUAUUAAUUUCCGUUCCAAGAAUUUUUGAAUCUUUAUAAUCGAAUUUAUAUUUUCUUUUAUAUUUCAUUAAUUUUAUUGUUUUUUUAUCGUAUUGAUGAUCUUUCAGUCUAUUUUCUAGAUAUUGGGAGGUUUGUCCUAUAAAGAUUCAAAAAUUCUUGAAACGGAAUCUAAUUCACGAAAAAGAGAAUUUUUAGAAAUUGUUCAUAUUAAUAAAAACGAAAAAACUACAAAUGAUAAAAAACGACUUAAAUAGUUUAAGUAGAAUUCUAAUAAAACUACAAAUAAUUUGAUUGAAUACUGCUAAAUAUUUGAGAUGUAAGGACUGAGGAAAAAUUAAUUUUCAUUAUUAAAACGAAGUUCUAGUUUUA